AUGGGAGAGAAACCGUACAGCUGUGACCAGUGUGGAAAAGCGUUCACUGCAUUAGGUACCUUAAAUCACCUACGUAUUCACACUGGAGAGAAACCUUACAGCUGUGACCAGUGUGGGAAAGCGUUCACUGCAUUAGGUACCUUAAAAAAUCACCUACGUACUCACACUGGAGAGAAACCUUACAGCUGUGACCAAUGCGGGAAAGCGUUCACUGCGUUACGUAUCCUAAAACAUCACCUACUUAUUCACACUGGUGAGAAACCUUACAGCUGUGACCAAUGCGGGAAAGCGUUCACUACAUCAGGUGAACUAAAAAUCCACAGACGUGUUCACACUGGAGAGAAACCAUACAGCUGUGACCAGUGUGGGAGAUGUUUCUUUCGCUCAGAUCACCUAAAAGCACAUAAACGUGUUCACACUGGAGAGAAACCGUACCGGUGUGAACAGUGUGGGAAAGGUUUCACUCAGGCAGGUACCCUAAAACAACACUUACCUAGUCACAGUGGAGAGAAACCUUACAGCUGUGGGCAGUGUGGGAAAGCGUUCUUUACAUCAUGUGCCCUAAAGAAACACCUACGUAUUCACACUGGAGAGAAACCGUACAGCUGUGGGCAGUGUGGGAGAAGUUUCGCUAAAUCACGUGAGCUUUUGGUACACAGCCGUAUUCACACUGGAGAGAAACCGUACCGGUGUGAACAGUGUGGGAAAGGUUUCACUCAGGCAGGUACCCUAAAACAACACUUACCUAUUCACACCGGAGAGAAACCUCACAGCUGUGGACAGUGUGGGAAAGCGUUCUUUACAUCAUGUGCCCUAAAGAAACACCUACGUAUUCACACUGGAGAGAAACCGUACAGCUGUGACCAGUGUGGGAAAAGUUUCACAAAAUCCAGUGACCUUAUGGUACACAGCCGUGUUCACAGUGGAGCAAAACCGUACUGGUGUGGGCAGUGUGGGAAAAGUUUCUCUCGAUCGGGUCACCUAGGAAGACACAGCCGUACUCACACUGGAGAGAAACCGUACUGGUGUGAAACAUGUGGGAAAACCUUUUCUACUGAUAGAAGCCUUAAACGCCACCAACGCAUUCACACUGCUUAGUUUAGAAAAGUUUUCAGCGCCAAGUGAGCCGUUUCCUCAAGCCUCCUCUUCGUGCUGUCUUUGUAAUAAGCCUGAAUGUAAACCUCCUCGGGGUGGGGUGGGGGGUAAUAUAAGGUAAAGAAAAAUAUAGGCUUAAAAAUAUGGGGAUUAUUGGCAACCCACUUUUGCAUUUUGCAGAGAAACAGAGAGAGAGAUGUUAUCUGGUAUGACGUCAACAGACACACAGGAAGUGUUACAUUAUGAAGCGACAGUUGACGCACCACUGCAGUUGUCCCUCACGAACAUUAAGUUUCAGUUUCGAUCCACAUGCGGCGCACUUGAAAACUGAAUCACGGGCGACUUCAUGACUUUUUUUCCUCUUGUGUCCGCGGGGUAUUACAUUUUGAUUUUGAAAUAUAAGACUUUUUAAGACCUUAAAAGUCUUAAAGAGGUGGUAUUAUGCUUUUUGGUUUUUCCACUCUCCUUUGUUGAGUUAUCAACAUAUUUAUAAUUAAAAAAGUGAAAAAACCUAAAGUCCAGCCCAAAGGGAGUUCCCAUCUCCCACAGAAAACUCUGCUCUGAACCGCUUGAAAACAGCUUGUUUGUUUACGGUCUUUUCGCUGACCCGCACUUCUCUGCUUCUGAUUGGCUAGUAGUCACUAACUAGAAACUGCUCAUGUGUAACUCCCAACAAAGAUCAUUUAGAGACCAGAUGUAUCACUCCAUAGCUAAAGUUUUGAAAAUGAAACCAUGUAAACCUGUUCUGGUACAACCUCUAAAUAGGAUUUUGAACCUGAAAAUGAGCAUAAUACCACCUCUUUAAAUUCACUGACGUUUGUGUUCUAGGUCUUAAAUAAUAACUAAACGGGGGUUAAGUAGUGUUGCAGGACGCACAAAUGAAAUGUAAUUAUACAGAAGGGAGGUGGUUCUCAUGUUUUUAUAUUCAUUUCUACAAAUGUAUAAAGUAGUAAAAUAAGACGCAAGGCAAAUUAACAGUUUUAUCUGUAAUAAUUAUGCAAUCAUAUUAACAGUGUUUUCCUGCCAAAACUGCUAGGUACUGCGCCAUGAAUGUAAAAUCCUUGUGGAGAGCAUCUUAGCUUUUGGGGUUUGUUUAAAGUCUCCUCUAGAUUUUCCUACUUAUUAUUUACAGAUGUGGUAAUAACAAUGUUCCAGAAUUACAUGGAAUUGCAGAACAGAAAAAUACCAUUUUCAGACACGAAUGCGGGAUUUGAAAAAGAAGACAAUAACAAAGUAAUGGCGCUGCAGAAGCAGCUGGUAGGUAACCACAGCUCAGUGCAGCAAAAGUUGAACAUGUGAUGUUGGUGGUUAAAUAAAUGUUUUUGUACAAGUUAUUCAUUGAAGCGGAAUUUUUAAAAAUAAGCAUUUUAUUAAUGUUUGUUUCUACAAAGAUCCAUGCCCACAUUUUUAUUGUUCUGUAUUCUUGUAUUGUGAUAUUUUAUUCUGUUUUAUUCAUUUUUAUAUGCAACAUUUGUAGAAAUCCUCAAUAAACAGAUGCCUCAAUCAU